CAGCCCUCGGCCUGGGUGGGCGCGAUGCCGGCUCCUUCCGCCGCCGCGUCGUCGUCGUCGCCGCAGGUGCCGGAGGUGUCGGAGCGGAUGGAGAGCUUCGUGGAGGCGCUGAGGCGGGGCUCCGGGAACCGCAGCUCCGAGGACCUGGCCCGGCACGCCGUGGGCCUGCUCCGGGCCAUCGUCGCCCGCGGACGCUGGGGCAACGCCGGGGAGCUGAUGGAGCUGAUGAGGAAGGAGGGCCGGAGGAUGACGGCCGCCCAGCCCUCGGAGACCACGGUGGGCAACAUGGUGCGGAGAGUGCUCAAGAUCGUCCGGGAGGAGUACGGCAGGCUCCAUGGACGCAGCGAUGAGAGUGACCAUCAGGAGUCCCUUCACAAGCUGCUAACGGCGGGCGGCAUGAGCGAAGACUUCAGUACGCACCAUGCCCCUCUUCGAGCCAACAUCAUCGAGGCGAUCAGUGAGCUGCUCGUGGAGCUGGAGGGGACGACGGAGAACAUCGCCGCGCAGGCGCUAGAGCACAUCCACUCCAACGAAGUCAUCAUGACCAUUGGCUACUCCCGCACCGUGGAGGCCUUCCUCAAGGAAGCGGCCCGCAAGCGCAAGUUCCACGUCAUCGUCGCGGAGUGUGCCCCUUUCUGCCAGGGUCACGAGAUGGCCGUCAAUUUGGCCAAAGAGAACAUCGAGACGACGGUCAUGACGGAUGCCGCCAUCUUCGCCGUCAUGUCACGGGUCAAUAAGGUGAUCAUCGGCACCAAGACCAUCCUGGCCAACGGGGGCCUGAGAGCGGUGACGGGGACUCACACUUUGGCCCUGGCAGCCAAGCAUCACUCCACCCCCCUGAUUGUCUGCGCUCCCAUGUUCAAGCUUUCUCCCCAGUUCCCAAACGAAGAGGAUUCAUUUCACAAGUUUGUGUCCCCCGAGGAAGUCCUGCCUUUCACAGAGGGGGUCAUUCUGGAGAAGGUCAGCGUGCACUGCCCUGUGUUUGACUACGUCCCCCCGGAGCUCAUCACCCUCUUCAUCUCCAACAUCGGUGGGAAUGCCCCUUCCUACAUUUACCGCCUCAUGAGCGAGCUCUACCACCCGGACGAUCACCAGCUCUGAUGGCUUUGGGCCGCCUGACGGAAGGGGCUUCGGUGGGUCUGCCGUCUUCCCAGGAGAUCCAGAGGGGCUCCCGUUUCUCUGCCCUUAACGGAGCGGCGGGAUUUAACCGAGCGAGGUCCGCCUGACCCGGAUGCCUCUGUAGAGGAACGGAAAAGUUCCAGUUCGCUCUAGUGUCAGACAGAACACUGAAUCUCUCCCCGUGGCAGUGAGCCUUAGCUAGGAAUGGCCAUCUAUCGCCUCUUCUCCCAGUCCGGGCCAAUAAAAGCCGCUUUAAUGGG